UUAAAUUUUUUUUUCCGACAGUUAAAUUGAACUGGAUCUGCAUUGCCGUGGCAGUUGAUCUGCAAGCCCAAACGGUUACUGCAGUGGGCGUGGAGUGCAUCUGCAAAAUCUCAUGAAUCACUUUCAGCAACUCUGCUCAACCUUCCAAUUUUGGACUUUUACUGCAAUUCUCCAAGGCUGUCCUUCGUGCUUACACUAAUUCUGCGCAUAAAUUGCUUCAAGUGACACACUGUUGCCACGCAAUUUCUCAAAAAUGCGGCCACUUGGAUCAUAUGCCCAAUUUGGCAAUCAGUUCUGCAAAAUUGUCAGUGCAGAGGAAGAUCAGGCAUUCAGGUCCCCGGCAAUUUACCACAUCACAGUGCUCGAGUGAGUCUUUUCGAACGAACCAUUACAAUAUCUCGCAGCUCUAAUUUAUUCCCAUAGGCGAGUUGCUAAGACUCUCAUCCAGAACGGACCGCCAAAUGAGUUGGUCCAAAUUAAAGGAUGCCAUUACGUGGAAGACAGGGCCCUCCGUGAUACUAUUCGAGUUCUACCAUCCAUGCAGGAGGCUUCUACAGAUGCUUCAUAUUUCUGCAGACUCUAUUUUGAUGGAUCCUCGUUCCUACCAACAAUGAUUUUCAACGAACAAGACAAGUGGUGCCCUUGCAGGUAUUCAAGCAAACGAAAGAUGCUGGCGCACGUCACAACGGACGGAUUGAAUGGCCUAACUUCUGUAACACAUCAUUUUAAUAUUCAAAAGGCCAACAAAAACUCUAUCAAAUGUUUCAUUAUGGUGUCACAGGUGCGGUUCGGCUCGUCCGUUGCUAUUGAGAAGGGGACAUGCUUAGCCACAACACUCAAAUCAGAGCAAUUGCCAGAAGUGCCUGGACAAAAAUUACUCCGCGUUGUCCGCGUUGACAAAAUCAAGGUCAAAAAAACCGGUGACAAAAAAUCAGACCAGGUACUCGCUGCAUCAAAGAUUCGGUUGGCUGUCACUUGCUUUGUCAGACCUCCUGAGACCAACAGUUGUUCGCAAGAAUCGCCUGCAAAUCUUCUACACUUGUCUUCAUACAAAACUGAAAUUUCUGGUGCACUUUUCGUCGCGGUCGUUAACGUCUCGUUCCAUAACACACUGGAAGUGAAGUACACAACCGACAUCGAUCAAUACGGAACGGCCACAUACAUCUGCAACAGUCUCCUAGACAUGCAAACCAACCAAGUUGUAUUGCCUGCUUCCAUCCCAAAAUUAGUAAUUGAAUUCAUUUAUGCUAACAGCUUUCGAUGCUUGAUGGCUCCCUUGCUUCAACAAAGAGUGUUACUCCGUCACUCGAAUCAAAUCCACUCCGAUGCCUAGAUCUGUUCUGCGGCUGCGGAGGAUUAUCCCUAGGGUUGGAGAUGAGCCACCUGACAACCUGCCUUUGGGCAGUUGACGCAGACCCUACAGCGUGCAAAUCCUUCGCUGCCAACUUCAGACAAGCAACAGUGUACCAAAGUUCAGCCAUUGACUGGUUGAAAGAACUAAAAACGGGAGCAUUGUUCACAAAAAAGGGACAGAAGCUGCCACAAACCGGCGAGGUGGAAAUGAUUAUUGGAGGACCGCCGUGCCAAGGAUUCUCCAAAUUAAAUAGAUUCAAAAACAACAACACCUCAGUCACAAACAAAUCACAAGUUCCAGUGUUUCUGGAAAUCGUCGCCUACUUCAGGCCUAAGUGCUUCUUGAUGGAAAAUGUCAAAUCCUUCAUCACAGAGGAUGGUGGAAAACACUUUCUGGCAGCGCUGCAGGCAACCAAAGACUUGGGUUAUUAUUUCAACUUCAAUGUCUUACAGGCUGCUGAUUUCGGCGCACCUCAACAACGCCCUAGGUUCUUCCUGUUUGGCACCCUCGACAGCAGACGGCUGGCUGCAGCACCAAUAAGCACCCAUUACUCUGGUCUGGAAGUCACAAGUGUCAAAGCAGCCAGUCAUACUCUGUCAUUCACGGACAAACAGGAAGCUUACUUUCAAAAAGUUACUGUGCACCACGCCAUUGCUGAUUUGCCAGAUGUUGAGCCACAAGAGAGCGGCAACAAAAUCAGCUACAACUCAAUCAACUCAACUUUCCAAUUCAAAAUGAGGAAUGGCAGUGACACUUUGCGAUUGCAUAAGCUCCCCACGUCACUGAAUCCAGAUGACCAAAAAAGGAUCACAAUGAUCCCGCCAGGGUCAGACUGGCGAUGCCUACCUCAGUCAGAACACGAGGAAUGCUUCAAAACGUUUGCGCUAACUUCGCUUAAAAUUUAUUUAAAAUUAAUCUUCCUCUUCUCUACUUCCAUUAGAGGCAUGCCCCUUGCACCUAAGUCACUGGUAAAGUCCUCUCGCUCUAAUGGUGACUGGAAAGGAGCUUAUGGCAGACUGCGAUGGUCCGACCUCUUCAUGACAGUUUUAACAAGACCAACCCUUGCUUCUAAGACUGGGACAAUCAUCCAUCCUAUCUACAAUAGAACCCUGACAAUACGAGAGUUUGCACGAGCACAGACCUUUCCAGACAACUUCAAAUUCAAAGGGACCAUAGCUCAAGUUCAGCGACAGAUUGGAAACGCGGUACCCCCCCUUCUGGCUGAAUCACUCGGACGUGCAUUCAAAAUCUAACAAAACGUACGCCUCAUUCUCCUCUUUCAUAACAACACGAGUCAUAUUCAAUAAAAUUUUUACUUCAUAACUGUGUAUUUAUUUCCAUUCAUUACAUUCCAUUCCUGCACAGUCCCUCCAAUGGCUGCCACCAGCAUGAAGACCGAAGCAUGGCCGGCGAGCAGGGCGCCCAGGGCAACCGCCUCUCACUGCAGCAUGCCCCAGAGGUGCUCCAGCCUUGGCACGGCUGCUGGCGGGGCGUCUCAGACUGCCUGCUGCACCUCUCGUGCCACCGUCUGGACUCUCACAUGCCUGAAAUCAAAGUGAAUCAGUCACAGCGCACAAAAAACACAACAUGGCGCAAUAAGGAAGGCCACAGCUGAAUGCCAAACACAUAUUGCACAUGUAAAACAGUUUUCACUCACCCCACA